UUCUGACGAAACAGCCCAACAGAGAGUUAAUUCUCGCGGAGCGGACGGGCGCCUCACUGGUUACGAUUAUUAACCAACAAUAUACCUGGGAGAAAGAAAAAAAAAAAAAACUCGCUGACACAAGUGAUGAGUUAAACAUUGACUGCGUUUUUUUUUUCUCUCGGACAUGUGUUGCUAUCGUUUCGAAACCAGGAGGCUCAGGGGAGACAAACUCCUGACAUCAUGAGUCCUCCGGCUCAGCCAAACGUCUUCUGCUGUUGCCACAGAAAAAUCUGGUUGCAUUCGGCAGUCGAAGGGGAACGCGUCUGUUUUUCCUCCUAAUUGUUAUCCACUCUGCGCUCCCGCCAAAGGGUAACAUGUAAGGACAAGCACAAUGAAUAGAUACACCACCAUUAGACAGCUAGGAGACGGCACCUACGGCUCUGUCAUCCUCGGCCGCAGUCUGGAGUCGGGGGAACUGGUCGCCAUAAAGAAAAUGAAACGAAAGUUUUACUCCUGGGAGGAGUGCAUGAACCUCCGAGAAGUCAAGUCCCUAAAGAAACUCAAUCAUGCUAACGUGAUCAAACUCAAGGAGGUGAUUCGGGAAAACGAUCACCUGUACUUCAUCUUUGAGUACAUGAAGGAGAAUUUAUACCAGCUGAUGAAAGACCGGACACGUCUCUUCCCUGAAUCUGCUGUAAGGAACAUAAUGUUUCAGAUCCUGCAGGGACUGGCGUUCAUCCAUAAGCAUGGGUUCUUCCACCGGGACAUGAAACCAGAAAAUCUCCUCUGCAUGGGCCCGGAGCUGGUGAAAAUAGCGGACUUCGGGCUCGCCCGCGAGAUCAGAUCUCGGCCGCCGUACACCGACUACGUCUCGACUCGAUGGUACCGAGCUCCGGAGGUGCUCCUCAGGUCCAUAUCCUACAAUUCACCCAUAGACCAGUGGGCGGUGGGCUGCAUCAUGGCUGAGCUUUACACGCUCAGGCCUCUGUUCCCGGGAUCCAGUGAAGUGGACACCAUAUUCAAGAUCUGCCAGGUCCUGGGUACGCCAAAGAAGACCGAUUGGCCAGAGGGAUACCAGCUGGCGAGCGCCAUGAACUUCCGCUGGCCUCAGUGCGUUCCCAGCAAUCUGAAGACGCUCAUCCCCAACGCCAGCCCCGACGCCGUCCAUCUCAUGACCGACCUGCUUCAGUGGGACCCCAAGAACAGGCCGUCCUCUGCCCAGGCUCUCAGGUACUCGUAUUUCCACGUGGGCCAAGCUCUGGGCACCCCUCAGCAGAUCCUGGAGCAGAGCAGACCCCAGCCCGGCCUGGUGCAGCUGCAGCCUCCUCUACAGCCGCAGCAGCCUCUACUCCUGCUGAAGCCAAUGCCCCCCGCCCAGCCCCCGCCUCCUAACCAGCAGUGCACCCCGCCGAGGGCUCUCCAGCAGGUCCAGCCGUCCCCCGCCUCAGCGUACCAGCGGGGGCUCGUGCGGGAGCAGCAGCCGAAGCACAUCCUGAAGCAGGAGCAGGCGGAGGCGAUGCCGCAGAGUCACCUCCCUUACAUCGGUGACAAGAGCCUGCAGGGCAAGCCAAGGCAGCAGGAGUCCGGCAGCGCAAACCUUCUCAACUAUCAGGUGAAACCUAAAGGAGGGGGGCGGCGGCGGUGGGGCCACGGCACGGGACACCUCAAAGGCGAGGACUGGGACAACUACGACGAGAGCGACCUGUCCUCUCUGAGCGUCCUCGGCAAGAGCAACUUUCCCUCCGAGAAGCGGAGGCAGGGGGAGGACGCGGCGAGCAGGUACGGAAACGUUCUGGAUUACAGUCGAUCCGGCGGGAAAGAAGACGCGCCGCUGAACCUGAACAAGACGGCGGCCCACCAGGAGCCGCUGAGGACCGCCUCAGCCAAGCAGCACUACCUGAGACAGUCGAGAUAUCUGCCUGGCAUAAGUACAAAGAAGAGCGUGACCAUCGACGUCGGCAAGGAUUUCACUGGGAGCCAUCUGUGGGGGGGCAGCGGCCUCCCCUUCGGGGGGACUCUGCCGAGCAGAGGAGCGCACGGUACAAACACGAUCCCUGGCGGAUACAUGCCGUCGUUCUACAAGAAAGACGGCGGCUCUGCCGGCCACCGAGGGAGGCAGAGUGCGUCGGUGGAAGCAACGGCGUCAAAUUAUGCAACAUGGCGGUCCGGCCGGAGUCACGUGAACCCCUCUGCCAACGCGCCGACAGCCAACAAAAGCGCGUCCAGUCUGCUUCCCCGGCCGCCGCUGCAGAGCGUCCACGGGCGGACGGACUGGUCCGCCAAGUACGGACACCGCUAGUGGGCUCCCCGCAGCUCAGAGCUGGGCUCCAGCAACUCUGUCGCUUCCAAAGAGUAGGCCUAGUUGUUUUAUAACGCAACUGUGUAUAUAAACUUUAAACAGCAAUAAAUUCUGUUUCGUAGGUGUACAGUGAACGUUUUGAGUUGUUAAACUAUUUAAAAGUGUGAGGAAAUGCAAUGAGCCAAAAGCGUGAGUGCGACCCCCCCCCCCCCAGCAUCUCUCUGUGUCUUAUACUCUUUCUGUAAUAUAACUGCUGUUGUGCAAAAGUUGUCCUUCAGUUUUGUAUCCCUGAAUGCUGACUAUCCACUUGUAUACAUAUAAUAUGCAUAUUACAAAUAUUAUGAAACCCUCACUGUGAUUUUGUUUUGGGCCAGUUAAUUGCGAUGCCUGUAUUUGAUGCAGCCGUUUUUUUUCCUUCACUUUUUGCAUUCUGUUCAUUGACCUCUUCAGUCUAACUAUUGUUUGUGUAUGUUUUCAGUAAAAAGAAAAAAAAAAUGUCGGUAAUUUCA